AUGUGUGAUAAUGUCUUGAUAGUUAAGAAUUCCUACAAAACAUUAAUUGGUUAUCAAGUUAUUAGUCUUACAAGCAUCAGCUGCGAGAUAGUCCGACAAGUGCUGGGAUACUUAUUGCCAAGAAAUAUGUCAAUAAAGACGAAGAUCAACUUUAACACAAAACAUCUGACAAAAGGUGAUCCACUACCGCCAUACAAUGGGAAGCUGCGACUUUACAACAUGCGCUUUUGCCCGUUUGCCCAACGCGCCGCCUUGGCACUUAUUGCCAAGAAUAUUGACUUUGAAGUGGUGAAUAUAGACCUCAUAGAUAAGCCCGAGUGGCUUGCUUCGAAGAGUGCUCUCACAAAAGUGCCAGCUUUAGAAAUCUCUGAUGGAAUGUCGAUUUACGAGAGUUUGGUUGUAGUCGAGUACUUAGACGAUGUCUACCCGCAGAGACGUCUAAUACCGCAAGAGCCAGUGACCAAGGCCUUCGAUAAGAUUCUUGUGGAAGUUUGCACGCCACUGAUUCAUUCCUUGUUCUUCAAACUUGUGAAGACACCGGAGUCGGUCACUGAUGACGAUGUAGCUGGAUACUUCAAGGCAUUAGAUAUGCUGCAAAGACAGCUUCAGUUACGAGGCACAAAGUUCUUAGAUGGAUCGGAACCCGGCUACGCUGACUAUAUGAUCUGGCCCUGGUUCGAGAGACUGCCAGCCGUCAACGAUAAAAUGAAAGAGUUGGAUGAGACUAAAUACAAAGUGCUGUUGGAGUACAUAGCGAAUAUGUGGGAAGACCCGGUAGUAAAGGAAUAUGCAGUACCAAAAGAAAUAUUUCAAAAUUUCCAAAAAGCAUACACUCUGGGUAACAAACCUGACUACGAUGUACUUCUUGAGGAAUAA